AGCAUAUAGCAUACGCUUUGGCCGCAACGAGUCGUAACCUGGACGCGAACGCGUGCGCACGUAAUCCCCCCUCGCGUAUUCCUAGUGUGUAUCGAACGCGAGUAAAUCUAGUAGAGACGGGAGAAUGUCAGAGUCCGCGUCGUCGCCGCUGCUGCUGCUCGCGGCGCAGGCGCUGCCCUAUGCGGAUGAGCAGGUGGAGGGCGAGGAUGAGCAGGAGGAGGCGGAGGAGAGCCUGCGGCAGCGAGAGCAGGAGCAGCCGCGCAAGCAAUCUCUCGGCCAGCGACGCAAUGUGGAUCUGCCGCAGUUGUAUGUAGUCAACGAGCUACCGGAAGAGCUGCCCAACGAGGUGGAGGCGAUGCGGGACCGGGACAGAGACAGAGACAGGGAUAGAGACAGGGAUAGGGACAGAGAUAGGGACAGAGAUCAUUUUGGACCCGGACUGCGACGCAAUUCCAUUUCGCUGCCGCAGGGCAUAAAUUCGCUGGACUUGGAAGCGCUGCGUCUACGGCAUCAGAUGCAGGCGCAGGAGGCGCUGAACGAGGAGAGCCAAGCGGAAAGCAUCGUCGACGACGCAUCCGCCUCCAGCAUCGGCACGCCCACAACGCUUUCGCCUCCACCCAAUACGAAUGCUAAGAAUAGCAAGGAGGAGGACGACGACAGCAGCGACGAAUUUGGCAACGCCAAGAAACCUGUUCACAAGGACCGCUUUCGUAGCCGCAGACGUGCCUCAAUCGCCCCUUUGCCCGCCCUCCGUCUCAACAGCCGGGAGAUGUUGGCCAGCGACUUUGACACCCACAGCUUGGCCAGCAAUCAGGCCUCGAUCACAAGCGUCAACUCCUUGGCGAGUUUAUUACGCGAGAAGAUGCAGGCCUUCCCACAGCUGAUACGCAAGAAGAAGCGCGAGACGAAGGACUACAAGAUCAAGAUCUUUGUGAUCAUGAUGUUCUUCAUCAUAAUCUUUCUGAUCGGCUAUGCGUAUGUGGCGUACCAUCAUCAGGUGCUGACUAAAAGCUACUUCCAGAAGCUCAAGUUCAACUCGAAGGAUCGCAUCUUUCGCAUACUGAGUCACGACGACAAGGAGGUUAUCUUUGGGCAUUUGGGCGUCACCCUGGACAGCGAUACGGCGCCCUUCCACUGCCUCGAGAAUCAGCGGCGAGCCGACGGCAGCGUCUGCAUCGAAUGGAAUGGCAUCGCCCGUCUCCAUCUGAACUUCGAGGACAAGCAGGUGUUCCGCUGCUACACGCUGCAAUGGCAGGCACUACGACCGGGUCUGCUGCCAACCGAUUGCUACGAGCUGAAGCGGGACAAUGGACUGUGGUUUGGCGGGGGCAUAACCAAGGGCCAGGAGUGGUCCCUCAGCUAUGCCAACUUCGACUUUAUGCCCUAUGCCAGCGGCGAUCAUAAGGUGCAUCAGUUCGGCAACGCGGUCAAGCGCUACUUCAUCAACUCGAUCGGCGUGGCGAUGCAGGUCAGCGAGCGUACACCGCUCCAGCUGGGCAUCAAUCGGACGGAGAAUCAGUUCUGUCUGCGGGCAGCCAACGAUGAUUUCACGUUUGUGAACCGCUUGACGCCAUUGCCACAGCUCGAUUACAGGAUAUGCACUACGGAGGACAUGCGCAGCUUGCAUAUGCUGAUGACACAGCAGAGCCUAUGGGACGGCCUCACCGAGCAGGACAUAGGUGAGCUGCACUCGCUGCUGGAGGAGCCUGUUUGGCGCAUACCCAACCAGGAGCAACGCGACCAUCUCAACGAGUCCGUCAUUUGCGAUUACGCCGAGAACGCGAUUGCCAUGGGCCUGGGGCACAUUGUGAUCAAUGAGUUCUGGCAGGAGAAUAUUGGGGACUUCACGGUGGAUCGGACACGCUUUCCCACGCUCAAGGACACCAUCGAUGUGCUGCACCGACGUGGCUUCAAGGUCGUCUUCACCAUUCAGCCGUUUAUUAGUACGGACAGUCCAAACUUCAAGGAUGCCGUCGCUCGCAAGCUGCUUAUCUAUGAACGCUACUCGGAGCGCAGCAUCCCAGCGCUGACCCGCUAUAAGAGCAGCUCCAGUGCCGGCGUGUUAGAUAUUACAAACAAUGCUUCGGUGCCCUGGCUGCUGGAGAAGCUGCAGCGGCUUAAGGAUGAAUAUGGCGUGAAGAGUUUCUAUCUGGAUCUGGGCACUGGCUAUAAUCUGCCGCACUACUAUCAAUGCCGACAGCCGCUCGACAAUCCAGACAUGUAUGCGCGCAUGCUGACCAGCAGUCUGGAGAGCGCUGGGCUUAUGGCCGUGUCCACAGCCAGCGUGGUGCCCAAGCCGCCGACAUUCCUUAGCACGCCGCCGGCGAAUGCGACGUGGGCGGGUCUUCGGGAUACAUUGGCGGCGGUGCUCAACUAUGGCGUCAUUGGCUAUCCGUUUGUGCUAGCCGGCGCAAUUGGUGGCGACUACUUGCUGGAGCGUCCGUUGACCAAAAUGAUCUCGUUCUAUUCGCUGGGACAGCCGCCGCUGCCAGAUGCCGAGCUGUUCAUACGCUGGCUGCAGCUGGCCACAUUCCUGCCGGCCAUGCAGUUCAGCCAUCGGCCGGACGAGUAUCACAGCGAGUUGGUCACGCGCGUUGCCCAGGAGUUGAAGGAGGUGCGUCAAACGGUGGUCAUAGCUCUGCUCAAGAAGUAUCUCAGUCCAUCCAUGAACGAGGGACUGCCACUGGUGCGUCCACUCUGGAUGAUCGAUCCCCACGAUCCCGCCUGUCUCAUUGUCAGCGAUGAGUUCUCGGUGGGCGAGGAGCUGAUUGUGGCACCCAUACUGGACGCCGGUCUCGAGGAGCGUGAGGUUUAUCUGCCGCAGGGCGUCUGGAAGGAUGGCAUCGAUGGAUCCCUGCGCAAGGGCAGUCGCUGGAUGCACGGCUAUCGCGUGCCCAAGGACAAGAUUGCUUACUUCCGCAAGAUGCCGGAUAAUACGCGUUUCUAGUUCCGAUUCCAAUUCAACUUCCAAUUCCAAUUCCAAUCACAGUUCAAGCUCAUCCCU